GCACUGAUGAUGAUCAUCCACAGCCACAAUAUAAUAGGGUUCCAGUGGGAGGUCGUGUAGCAGGUAAUGGGCGAUCUUUUGUUGGCUCAGCUCCAUAUCAAAGAAUGCAGAGUGAUAUGGAAUCUGAAAUCCAUAACAUAGAGCAAAUAGCAUAUGCUGCAGUCCUACGAGCUUUUAAAGCACAGUCUGAUGCCCUUACAUGGGAGAAGGAAGGUCUAAUAACAGAACUAAGGAAGGAGCUGAGGGUGUCAGAUGAUGAGCACAGAGAUCUACUUACCAAGGUCAAUGCAGAUGAUCUCAUUCGUAGAAUCAGGGAGUGGCGAGAAGCUGGUGGAAAUCGCAAUGUAGCUUUCAAUGUCCCUCAGCAUGUUAACGAUCAACUACCCAGUCCCACAGUUUCUGCAUCUCGCAAGAAGCCGAAGACAUCCCAAUCAGGAAAUACAUUCGGGAUUCCAUCUCAGUCAUUACACCCUCAGCCUGCUACCACACAUCCAUUGUCUUCAGCUGGGAAAUGGGGACCUUCUUUAGUAAUGGGUGGCAGAAGGCCUAAUUCCGGCCAGCAAGUUGUGACCCCUGCAAAGCCCACGCAAUAUCAUAUUAAUAACCUUGGGUCUUCUGGUGCACCUUCUGCCAAUGACCUCACUGAAAGUACACAUGAUCCAUUAAUUGGUAGGAGGGUGAUGAUGAGGUGGCCUGCGGACAAUAACUUCUAUGAGGCUGUCAUAGAUUGGCCCAAAUUUCUCCGACGCUAUUUUAAAGCGGUAAUUAAGCGAGAUUUUGAAGUCGGUGAAGCGCCCUCUCGAAUUCCAUUUAUUCUCGAUGAAAUUAAGUUGGUUUGUAUCCGUGGAUAUUUGGAGAAUGGAUUUGAACCUGUGAAGGAGGAGCUUAUUCUGGGAAAACUGGAGCUUAGGUUGUUGAGAGGGUACGAAGGAAAUCGAGUCUUGGUAGAUUGUGGGGGAGGAUAUUGGAGCUAUUUACAUGACUAUGUGUCCGUACAACAUAAAAUUUUCAUGCUGGGCGUGAGGAGCUUUGUACAGUUUGCCGUUCCUGCUGUUGUUUCUGAUUUGAUUUUCAUGCUCUAA